UUAAUUCAUUGGAAGUGGGGAGAGAAAUUUAUUUAUUUCUGUUUAUGAGCUCGAAUUUAUUGAGAGAUUGAUGGUUUACUGAAUCAAUCACAAUCAGAAGCAUCUUUCGGUGAUCAUUAACGAGCAUUCCUGGAGGCAAAAGCUAUGGAAAUGUCCCUACAUUUGCAGAGGCCACUGAACUGUGGAACUCUGUUCGGCGAUAGGGGCUGUGUGAAGCUCAAACCAUUUUCUGGGUCCUUUCCGAUUGGAAGAACUACAGCUUCCCGCCAAUGUUUGGUACGGCGCAAAGAGUGCAUGGCAGUUUGGGGUUCUUAUUGCAUCAAUUCUAGUGCAGAUUUUCCCCGUAGGAGACCCAGGAGGAUUUCCAAUGCAAGGUCUAGGGGCCCUCCUCCAAAGGGUUUCAUGCCAAGAUCACCACUUGGAACAAGUAACCAUAAGAGAGGACAUAAAAAGACUGGCGUUAAAGGGGAUUCAUAUACUCCAACAGCUAGUGGGAUCUCACGGGAUGAUAAAAGAGCAGUUGAUUUUAAAAUUGAACCUGAGGAAGAGGGGGCAGUUAUAUUUUCUCAAGAGAAGACACCUGAGAUAGAUGGAGUUGAUGAAGGUGCUGCGGAAGCUAGCGAAUUAUCAUCAUUACAUGAUACAUUGGAUGUUACUAAAACUGAAAACAGAAUCACUUCCAUCAUUGAAGAGGAUCUUCUAGAACCACAGAAGGAAGAAACUUCUGAAAUAAGUGAUAUUGGCAAUGUUCAGGAUUCAGAGCGAGAGCCACUAAUAUACGAAAAAAUUGGUGAAACCACAAAAGUAACUGAUGUUGAUAGUGAUGAUAAAGUGACUGAGGAAACCUCCCUACUGUCAAAGUUAGAGGCAGAGGCAAGUUUACUUAAACAGAAAGAGGAUGCUCAAGAAGCAAAGUUAGUGAUGGAAGCAAUAUCCAAACAAGAUGAAGCUUCUUCGUCAUUGAACUUAGAGAUGGAAGAAAAUUUACACAAACUGGAUGAAGCUUCCCGACUUUUGCAGCUAGAAAUUGAGGAAAAUUUACGCAAACAAGAGGAAGCCGCACGGCUAUUGAAGCUAGAGAUGGAGGAAAAGUUGCGCAAACAAGAGGAAGCUUCUCGGCAGGUGAAGUUAGAGAUGGAAGCAAAGCUACGCAAACAAGAAAUUGAGAGGAUUGCAGAGGAAAAUUUUUCUCUAGGGAACAAGCUGUUUGUAUAUCCUUCCGUGGUUAAAGCUGAUCAAGAUAUUGAAGUAUUCUUGAACAGAAGUCUGUCAACUUUAAGUAGUGAGCCAGAUGUUUUGAUUAUGGGGGCUUUUAAUGAUUGGAUGUGGAAAUCAUUUAACCAACGGUUGAAUAAAACGCAUCUAAAGGGUGAUUGGUGGUCUUGCCAUCUAAAUGUUCCAAGAGAAGCUUAUAAAGUGGACUUUGUGUUCUUCAAUGGGCAAAAUAUCUAUGAUAACAAUGACGGAAAGGACUUCUCCUUAUCUGUUGAUGGCGAAAUGGAUGCAUUAUCAUUUGAGGAUUUUCUUCUAGAGAAGAAGCGUAAAGAAUUAGAAGAUCUUGCCAAAGAGCAAGCAGAAAAGGAAAGACAGGCAGAAGAAAAGAGAAAAAUGGAAGAAGAGAAAGCCGCAAAAGAAGCUGAUAGGUUGCAGGCGAGGGUGGAGACUGAAAGAUUGCGUGAAACAUUUCAACAGUUGAUUAAGAAAGCUGUGAGAUCCAUGGAUAAUGUUUGGUAUAUAGAACCAACUGAAUUCAAAGGCAAGGACUUGAUCAGAUUAUAUUAUAACAGAAGUUCAGGUCCUCUGUCACAUGCUAAUGAAGUAUGGGUUCAUGGGGGACACAAUAAUUGGAAGGCUGGGAUAUCAUUUGCUGAACAGCUUGUCCGUUCUAGCUCAAAGGAUAGUGAUUGGUGGCAUGCUGACAUUGUUGUACCUGAUCAAGCAUUUCUCCUGGAUUGGGUGUUUGCUAAUGGUCCACCACAGAAAGCAUCUAUUUAUGAUAACAACCGUAGGCAAGACUUCCAUUCUAUUGUCCCAAAUGGUAUGCCUAACGAACAAUAUUGGACUGAGGAAGAGCAACAGAUAUACCAGAAACUGCAGGAGGAGAGGAGGCUCAAGCAAGAAGCUAUACGUGCAAAGGUCCAAAGAACAGCACUUAUGAAAUCUGAAACAAAGGAGAAAACUUUAAAAAGAUUUUUGCUUUCCCAAAAGCAUGUUGUCUAUACUGAGCCUCUUGAUGUUCAAGCGGGGAGCACAGUAACAGUCUAUUAUAAUCCCACCAACACAAAUUUGAAUGGAAAACCUGAAGUUUGGUUUAGAUGUUCAUUUAAUCGUUGGACACAUCAUAGGGGUCUGCUUUCACCUGUAAGAAUGUUGCCCGCAGAGAAUGGCACUCAUCUCAAAACCUCUGUCAAGGUACCAUUGGACGCAUACAUGAUGGACUUUGUUUUUUCUGAGAGGGAAGAUGGUGGGGAAUUUGACAACAAAUUUGGAAUGGAUUAUCACAUACCUGUUUUUGGAGGAAUUGUGAAGGAACCACCCAUGCAUAUUGUGCAUAUUGCUGUUGAGAUGGCCCCAGUUGCAAAGGUUGGUGGGCUUGGUGAUGUUGUUACCAGUCUAUCUCGAGCUGUUCAGGAUUUAAAUCAUAACGUGGACAUCAUUCUUCCGAAGUAUGACUGUUUGAACUAUAGCCAUGUAAAGGAUUUGCAAUAUCGGAAAAACUACUCCUGGGGUGGAACUGAAAUAAAAAUAUGGCAUGGAAAGGUUGAAGGCCUCUCUGUUUACUUUUUGGAGCCUCAAAAUGGAUUCUUUGGUGUUGGCUGUGUAUAUGGCCGUGGGAAUGACGGUGCAAGAUUUGGUUUCUUUUGCCAUGCUGCUCUCGAGUUUCUUCUCCAAGAUGGAUUUCAUCCCGAUAUCAUCCAUUGCCAUGAUUGGUCGAGUGCACCAGUUGCAUGGUUAUAUAAAGAUCAUUAUAUGCAAUAUGGUCUUGGAAAAGCACGAGUUGUCUUCACAAUUCAUAAUCUUGAAUUUGGAGCUGCCUUGAUUGGAAAAGCUAUGGCAUAUGCUGACAAGGCUACAACUGUCUCCCCCACUUAUUCAAGGGAGGUUGCAGGAAACCCUGCGGUUGCUCCUUAUCUUCAGAAGUUCCAUGGUAUAUUAAAUGGAAUUGACCAAGAUAUAUGGGACCCAUAUAAUGAUCAUUUCUUACCUGUAUCAUACACAGCAGAGAAUGUAGUCGAAGGCAAAAGAGCUGCUAAGGAAGCCUUGCAACAAAGGCUUGGUCUGAGACGGGCUGAUCUUCCUUUAGUGGGAAUCAUUACUAGAUUGACUCAUCAGAAAGGAAUCCAUCUCAUCAAGCAUGCUAUGUGGCGCACCCUAGAACGUGGUGGACAGGUUGUGCUCCUUGGUUCAGCCCCUGAUCCUCGUAUCCAGAAUGAUUUUGUGAAUUUGGCCAAUGAGUUGCAUUCUUCUCAUCAUGACCGUGCUAGACUAUGUCUUACAUAUGACGAACCACUUUCACACUUGAUAUAUGCUGGUGCUGAUUUCGUUCUAGUUCCUUCAAUUUUUGAGCCGUGCGGAUUAACUCAACUCACAGCAAUGAGAUAUGGUUCAAUACCGGUUGUUAGAAAAACUGGAGGACUAUAUGAUACUGUAUUUGACGUCGAUCAUGAUAAGGAAAGAGCACAAGCGCAGGGUCUUGAACCAAAUGGAUUUAGUUUUGAUGGAGCUGAUGCUGGAGGUGUUGAUUUUGCUCUUAAUAGGGCAAUAUCGGCUUGGUAUGAAGGCCGUGAUUGGUUCAAUACAUUAUGCAAGACUGUGAUGGAGCAGGACUGGUCUUGGAACCGACCUGCUCUUGACUAUCUGGAACUUUACCAUGCUGCACGCAAGUCAGUAUGAGAAUUCAGUUGCUGUUAGUAAAUCAGCCGUCUGCAAUUUCAUCUCUUUUCCUUUCCUGUACAGGCUUGGUGCUAAGCUUUAAUCUAAACAUUAAAUUAAAUGAUUGUAUAUAUUGAACCCUUUUUUUCUUGGUAGCAUUGAAUAAUAGGGUCAGUUACGUCAUAGAUUAGUCUGUCGUUUUAUUGAGGGAGACAAGUGAUCUUUUGCUUUGUUGGUUCAUACCUUUGAGUGGAUGAACCAUGGAAAUAAAUGCAGAUGUUCUGCUGCGAAUGGAAUUUUGAUUGAAAAUGAAAUAAAAGGCUAAUUUUGAAGCUCU